UAUAUGUUGGAAUUUUCUGGUGCACAAACUCGGCUGUACGGAAAAGCUCUGUGUCGUUAAACCGCUGGCACUCUUCCUCACUUCUAAAAUAAAAGGCAACAAAAUCCUCAUCUCCACGGUAAGCUUUAGAUACAUAUAGAUAUAGCAAUGUCGACGACCGCCAGAAUUCAUCCAGCAGCCUCUACAGUGCUCUCCUCCACCAUCAAACACCACCUCCUUCGACCCCCUCCAAACGCCGUCGUAUUCAGAACCAAUCCCAAUUUCGUCAGGCGUCGCGGAACCAUAAGAACCCUCACUGUGGCAGCGGCUGCCCCUUUCGAAGUUUGCGCCAAAGCCUCCGUCACUGUCCCCAACAAGCUCGGCGACUGUCCAUUUUGUCAAAGGGUGUUGCUGACUCUAGAGGAAAAGCAUCUCCCUUAUGACCUGAAGUUGGUGGACUUCGGUAACAAGCCAGAGUGGUUCUUAAAGAUUAAUCCAGAAGGUAAAGUACCUGUGAUAAAUCUGGAUGAGAAAUGGGUUGCAGAUUCAGAUGUUAUCACACAAGUUUUGGAAGAAAAGUACCCAGAUCCACCUUUGGCAGCCCCCCCUGAGAAGGCUUCAGUUGGGUCUAAGAUCUUCUCCACAUUUAUUGGGUUCCUUAAGAGCAAAGACCCCAAAGAUGGAACAGAACAAGCGUUGCUAAAUGAACUUAGCGCUUUCAAUGAUUAUCUCAAAGAAAAUGGUCCUUUCAUCAAUGGGAAGGAGGUUUCUGCUGUAGAUUUUUCACUUGGACCCAAGUUGUAUCAUCUAGAGAUUGCUUUGGGGCAUUUUAAAGAUUGGUCAGUUCCAGAUUCCCUUCCAUAUGUGAAGUCGUACAUGAAGAGUAUAUUCUCACUGGAUUCAUUUGUCAAAACUAGUGCCCUGAAAGAAGAUGUCAUUCUGGGUUGGCGGCCGAAAGUCUUGGGUUAAAAUUGUCUUGCUGUUCUCUUUCUGUGGGACACCUUAGGUACAUACCUUACCUUCACCUGUUCUGUACCGUAAUCAAAUGAAUUCCUCUAUUAUUGACUUCUGUGUUGGAUUUCAUCUUCAUAUGUGAAACAAGAGAGUACAAU